AUGGUGAAGUUUGCAAAGGCAUUAGAUGCUCAAAUGCUACCAGAAUGGAAGGAGGAUUUCAUGAACUACCGACAACUGAAAAAAUUGAUAAAGAUAAUGAAGCUGUCAAUGACUUCAAAUUUAAACCAAAAUGACGAGCGCACCAAUGAAAAUUCCAUUUUCAAUUCUGUUUCAUCUAUUGUGAAGAAAGUCACAUCUGGCCUCUCAUCUACUAACAACAUCAUUAAGUUGAGGAUGAAAACCACAGUGGAAAAUGGAGAAGAAAUCUACAAAACCGAGCUUGUGCAAUUAUUUUCCCAGGAUGAUAAGGUAUUUGAGUUUUUUGUGAGACUUGAUGAUGAGCUAAACAAAGUUAACCAUUUUUUUAUCAAAAAAGAGAGUGACUUUCUGGAAAGAGGAGAUACAUUAAACAAGCUGCUUCAAAUCCUAUUGGAUUUAAAACAAAUUAUUAAUGACCACGGACAGCUGACAAAUAUUGUUCAAAAAGUUCCUCCUCCAACCCAAGAUUCUAAUUUAUUAGAAUUUAUUGCUAUUACGAAUCUGCUUUGGAAGGAUUUAGUGAAUAAUUCAACAGGAGAUUUUCUUCACAAGAAGAUGGUUCACAUUGCCCAAAAAGUUCUUAGAAGUGCAUUUGCUGAGCUCUACCAAAGUCUUGAUUCACUCAAGACUUACAGCUCACUUAAUAUGGUCGCUUUUUUAAAGAUACUAACGAAAUUUGACAAGGUGUCUUCUCAAAAAGUUUCUGCAAGUUACUUCAAAGUAGUUCAAAGAUCUCAUUUUGUUAGUUCUGAUAAGGUUGUUAGAUUGAUGGACGAAGUGGAAUCAAUAUUCACAAAGCAGUUUGUCAACGAUGAUAAGAAAAAGACAAUGAAGUUUUUAAAACCCAAACAACAUAAAGAUUUAGAUAUGAUCAAUUUUUUUGUUGGAUUGUCGACUGGUUGUUUCCUGUCUUUGUUGUGUGUAUAUGCAUCUUUGGCUCAUUUCUACGACAUAUUCUCUCCUAUUAAUGAGUUGAUUUACAUGAAAAUCAUGUAUCCUAUUUUUAGUGUGUUCGCAUUAUUAAGCCUACAUCUAUUUAUGUAUGGAUGUAACUUAUACAUGUGGAAAAGAUCAAGAAUCAAUUAUAGUUUAAUAUUUGAUUUUUCUCCAAGGACAUCACUUAAGUAUAGAGAUGCAUUUUUUACAUGCACUACCUUAAUGACAAUUGUCUUUGGUGCAAUGGUUAUACAACUUCUUUUAAGUGCGUCAGAAUUCUCUUCUAGCCAUAUUGAUGUAUUUUCUGGAAUUUUGUUUGUGGUUUUUAUAGCAUUGCUGUUCUUUCCAUUUGACAUUUUCUAUCGUCCAACACGCUACUUCUUCAUUCGCGUCAUUUGCAAAAUAGUAUGUUCUCCAUUUUUUAAGGUUAUGCUAAUUGAUAUGUUUAUGGUAGACCAACUAACUAGCCAGAUUCCAUUGUUAAGACAUUUGGAAACUACAAGUUAUAACUUUUUUAUUAAGGUUUUCAAAAUACAUCAUCAUGACACCCGCCAUUCAAGAACACUUUAUAUGGAAAUUACUUCUUUCAUCUUAUUUUUUCCAUAUUAUUGGGGUGCUUUGCAAUGUAUAAGACAGUGGUUCGAUGAUGGGGAUGUGAAUAAUUUGGCUAACAUGGGAAAAUAUGUUUCGGCAAUAGUAGCUAUGGGGGCUAGAAUUACAUACAACAUACAAAAUAACCAUAUAUGUUUUGCAAUUGUCUUGAUCACAUCUUUUGUGACAACAUCAUAUCACAUCUAUUGGGAUACAGUCAAGGAUUGGAAUCUUUUAAAUCCUCAUUCUAGAAAUCCAUGGCUUAGAGAUCAUCUAGUUUUAAAGAAUAAAAAGAUAUACUUUGUGUCAAUGGCCAUAAACAUUAUUUUGAGGAUGACAUGGGUACUGACUAUCAUACCUUUGCAAGCUGGGGCGGCUAAAAUGAGAGUCGGGCCGACUAAAGUGGGACUCAUAGAUUUUUUGUUGGCAUCACUAGAAAUUAUUCGAAGAGGACAUUGGAAUUUCUACAGGAUAGAAAAUGAAUAUAUAAGAAACAUUGCCCAUCAUUGCCGGUGA